CACUCAUGUCUCUUCACCUCCAUGCUCCAUCAUCAUCUCUCUGGCUCAUGCUGUGUUUCCUGCUCAGUGUCUUCCUGCUGCUUUCCCCAGGGGUCUAUGGCCAAGGUCGUCUUAAGCUGACGGUCCUGUCUGAGGACAGACUGCAGAUGAAAUGGAAGGAGGCCGACGGACCUGUUCAGGGCUACAAAGUCAGAGUGAAACCCAUCUCAGAGGUGCCACAGCCGGAGCUGAUGCUGACCACCACACGGGGCCGGGCCACGGUGGCAGGACUGGACUCCAGUCAGGAAUACGCCCUCCAAGUCCUCGUGCUCAAUGGGACGACAGAGAGGCUUCUCGCAAAGCGCAGAUUCACUAUGGAGGGUCUGCGGGAUGAGGAAAUGAUCCGCAGUGGUAGUCGAGAGCAGAAGAAGAAGAUGUUGCCAGGCGGAUCGGGGUCUGGAGACCUGGACGAUGUGACGGAGGCUCUUAUUGGACGGCCAACAGUUCUGUAUCCGGACCCCACCAACAACCCCGCUGCUGCUGCUCCGACUACAGUCGGAGGUAAAGCCGUGUGUUUAGUUUGCGGGGAGCAGAUCGCCGUGUUCAAGGACUACAAUUUGAGUCGGCAUUACGAGACGAAACACGCGGAGAAAUACAAAAACUUGACUGAUGCUGAAAGGGCGCGCACAUCGAACGCUUUGCUAGCUAAGCUGCAAAAGCAGCAAGGCUUUUUUACCAAGCUUCACACAUCCAAGGAUGCAGCAACCAAGACCAGCUUCGUGAUAUCCCACAAAAUAGCUAAACACAGUAAGCCAUUCUCAGAGGGGGAGUUUGUCAAAGAGUGCUUAGUGGACUCUGCAGCACUAAUAUGCCCUGAAAAAAAAGAAGCCUUUGAGGCAAAGUCCCGCUGCCAGGCGAACCGUGACGAGAACGGAUCUCGAGACACUUGCCGGGAUGCUGGAGCUGCAGCUUCAGACUGCAACAUGGAAGUGGGCAAGUUUCUGAACUUUAUCGGUGCUAUCCUCCUUGGCUUUGGGCAACGAGAUCGCUGUCGAUGGAUGUCUCCAAGGAAACCAUUUGAGUGUGAGACCGAUGCAGCUGCGGACAUCGUGUUGUUGGUGGACGGCUCCUGGAGUAUCGGGCGUACCAACUUCAGACGGGUUCGAGACUUCUUGGAGGGCCUGAUGACACCCUUCAACAUCGGGCCGGACCACAUUCAGAUCGGUCUGACACAGUACAGCGGAGACCCCCGCACAGAGUGGCAUCUCAACAACUUCACUACCAAAGAGCAGCUUUUGGAGGCAGUGAGGAAUUUCAGAUAUAAGGGUGGAAACACAUUUACAGGCCAGGCGCUGCUCCAUGUCAUGGAGGAGAACAUGAGGCCAGAGGCAGGCGCAAGGUCAGCGACACCUUUUUUCUUGGUCUUGUUGACCGAUGGUAAAUCUCAGGAUGAUGCCAUUGCUGCGGCAGAGCGCCUGAAGAAUGCCGGCGUGGAGAUCAUCGCUGUAGGUGUAAAAAAUGCGGAUGAGGCCGAGUUGAGACAAGUAGCGUCGGAGCCCGUGGAUCUAAACGUCUACAAUGUCAAUGACUUCCCACUGCUCAGCAAACUAGUGUCACGACUGGUCCACAUCCUGUGUAGGAGGAUAGAGGACCGCGGCAUCUCAAAACGAAUGGAGCCUGGGCCCACAGUAGACCCAGCCCUCUCCUACCCAAGUCCUUCUGAUCUCCGCUUCUCUCAGCUGGGCUCCAGAGAAGUGCAGCUUCACUGGACCAAUCCUGCUGAAGCUGUCCAACAGUUCAGAGUGGUCUACCACAGCGCUGAGGGCCAGAGUCCACAGGAGGUGGUAUUGGGCGGCUCAGAGUCCACAGUGCUGCUGGAAGGCCUCUCCUCUCAGACACUGUACCAUGUGUCUAUCUUCCCUGUGUAUGAAAACAAUGUUGGCCUGGCCCUCAGAGGAACCGUCACCACAUUGCCCCUGGCCACGCCUGCCAACCUGGAGGUGACUCCUUCCUCUUACAGCACCCUGCAGGUGAGCUGGGGUGCAGCGCCCGGGGCCACACAGUACAUGAUCCUGUACUCUGCACUCAGCCACGGAGAGCCUGACGACGCCAAGGAGGAAAAAUUCAGUGCAGAGCAGACGGCGGUGGAGCUGACGGGGCUACUUCCGGCCACAGACUACUCUGUCACUCUUUACGCUCUGUAUGAGGACGAUCCCAGCGAUCCUGUCACUGCUGUUGCCGCCACAUUCCCCCUACCACCGCCAAUGAGUGUUGAGUUCCCGAUGGUCACCCACAGUAUGCUGAAGGUGAGCUGGGUGCCUGGAGCAGGGGACGUCCCCAGCCACAGAAUCACAUACAGCACCAACCACGGCAGUGACAUUAAGCAGGUGGAGGUAACAGGACUGAACUCAGUGGUGGUGCAGAACCUCUCCUCUCUGUCCAGAUAUCUGGUUUCAGUCCAGUCUAACUACCCACAAGGCCUGUCUGCAGCACUCACCAGUAACGUCACCACACUGAAGGUGCCUUCCCCAUCAGACCUCAGGGUGACUAAUUUCUCCGACAGUGACAUCACUGUGCGCUGGCAGGCUGGGGCUGAUGAUGUCGUCUCUUACCUCAUCAAGUGGAUCUCCCUCAGUGGAGGAGACCUGAGACAGCUGAGGGUGAGUGGUGAGAGUGAAGGGGCGAUCCUGGAGGGGGUGGAGGACGAUAAGGAAUACCAAAUCUCUCUGUCUGCACUCUAUGGAGAUGGAGCUCAGAGUGAAGCAGUGGCCAUACGCUACAGCACAUCCACAGCUCCUGCCAGACUUCCCAUCCACCGCCGGAUGUACCCCGUACACAACGAAGUCUGCCCUGAAGUCACCAUCAGAAACAGCAUUGUUAAAGGAUUCGACAUGAUGGAAGCCUUCGGUCUGACUCGGACAGCUCACUCCUCUGUGGAGGGUGUAGCUGCCGAGCCUUUUGUCUUCAACACCCUCCCUGCCUACACUGUGUUCAGAGACAUCCAGUUGACACAGAACACCAAGUUUAUCCACCCUGCAGGUUUGUCUCCAGAACACACCAUCAGCAUCGCCUUCCGCGUGCUGCAGGAAACUCCCAGAGAGCCCUUCGCCCUCUGGCAGCUCACUGACAACGACUUCCAGCCAAAGAUGGGAUUGGUGCUCGACCCUACAACUAAGCACCUGGUAUACUUCAGCCUGGACUACAGGGGAGAGGUGCAGGAGCUGACCUUUGACCAGCGGCAGGUCCACAGACUGUUCUAUGGCAGUUUUCACAAGAUCCACCUGACUGUCAGCCAGGUGAGCGUGUCCCUGUCUGUGGACUGUCAGCGUGUGGGAGAGAGGCCGGCCCGCCCUCUAGGCAGCCUGCCCACCGACGGCUUUGAAAUGCUGGGAAAACUGGUGAAGACCCGAGGACCCAAAAGUGGCUCUGCUCCGUUCCAGCUGCAAUCCUUUGAGAUCGUCUGUAACACCACGUGGGCUUUCGAGGACACCUGCUGUGACCUGCCUGCAAUGAGAGAUGAGGAGAGCUGUCCGGCCCCGGCGUACACCUGUACCUGUUCCUCUGACGUCCCCGGAGCCCCCGGCUCCCCCGGACCAACUGGAAAGCCAGGUACUCGUGGUGAGAAAGGUGAAAAGGGCGACCCAGGUCACAAGGGGGAGGUGGGUCCUGCAGGAAAGCCUGGAUUUGAGGGAGGUCUCGGAGCCCUGGGGAGCAUAGGGCCCCGAGGCAUUGCUGUGCAGGGCAAAAUGGGUCCACCUGGUGCAAGAGGGGGAAAGGGAGACCCUGGGAGAACAGGGAUCCAGGGUUUACCAGGACCUCAAGGUUCAAAGGGGGAGCAGGGGGUUCCCGGCCCUCUGGGUAUUCGGGGGCUUGAAGGAAACAUGGGUGGACCCGGCCUGACUGGACCAAGGGGUUUCCAAGGAAGGCCAGGACACCCAGGGCCGAUGGGUGAAAGGGGGCUCUCAGGACUGGUGGGCCCUUCGGGUCUGCCAGGGGGUAAAGGGGAGCGAGGAGAGAAGGGAGAAGCUCAGUCUAUGGCCAUGAUCUUCCAACUGGUCACACAGGCCUGUGAGCAGCUAGUGCAUAAGGAGGUGCUGAAGCUCGACAUGUUCAUUAAUGAGAUGAAUCGGAAGCCAGCUCCAAUUGAGGAGCCGGUGGGCCCCCCCGGGGAACCUGGUAUACCGGGGCCUAAGGGCCCACCAGGCAGCAGGGGCAGCCAGGGGAAUGUCGGCUCGAGGGGGAGACCUGGGAGGCCAGGAUAUCCCGGAGAGCAGGGAGGAAGAGGCAUGCUAGGGGCCAAGGGGGAUGCAGGGCCAAAUGUCCAGGGGCCCACGGGGAUCAAAGGAUUUGCAGGUCCUCUGGGUGAGGCUAAGCUGGGUGACCCAGGUUCUAAAGGAGAUGAUGGUAAAUCAGGACUCCAGGGGAUCAGCGGAACACCAGGACAGCCCGGAGAGAUGGGACCCCCGGGUCUGUGCGACAACAGCGGAGGCUGCAACAGAGCCCCCCAGCAAACAGCAGACCCCUAUUACGGCUACCAACCUUGAGCGGAUAUUUACAAGUCAGCAGAUGAAAGAAGUCUGUUUGAAGUGACUAUGAUUCCUUUGGAGCUGAAAGCCAAACUGGGAAUGGAGCUAAAGAAAAGCAGCACUGAAGAGGUUUGGGGCGUGGAACGUGCCACUGACUGAUGCGGAAGCUUCACUAGUUUCAUCAUGUGUGAGAAAAGGAAACCACACAGGAAGGGUCACUCUUGGUCUUCUUGUUGAUCCUUGACAUAAAUAAGGGCUGAGAAAUAAACAAGGAAUACGUGGGAAGCUUUCUAAUAUAGAAUAGUGUUUUGAUGAACAGAUAGCAUCAUAAAGGAAAAUAUUUUUUCAUUGGGAUCAGUCAAGUGCUCUCUUAUACUCCAUACUCGCACUGAAACCUUUUAUUACUUUUUAUAUAUUCAUGCACUGUAUCAAUGCCAAAUAUUUUAGCAUCUGUGUUAUAUUCCUACCCUUUUCAUCUGCCAUUCUAACCUUAACUGCCUCAAGGAUAAUGAAAGUGCAUAAUCCAUGGUGAUAAAGCUUAUUUUUGUUCCAUGGUAUAACUGAUACUGUGAGAAAGCCUGUUGUCAUGUGUAUGAUAAUGUGUAUAUUGUUUAUUAUAAUUACUGUAUGGAGUUAUUCAUGUAUGAUAUUUUAUACUGUACCUAUUAUGUAAAAUACAUGUUUACAUUGUCUGGUAUCUAUGGGGUGGGGGUUAUAGUGUGUGUGUGUGUGUGUGUGUGUGUGUGUGUGUGUGUGUGUGUGUGUG